GAGUAAUGCAACCCCUUCUUCCGGCACUAUGUCAUGAGUGUGUUUGUGUCGUUUCGCGGCGCAACACAUCUAUUGCCGGCUUUCUUUGUUGGUGUAUAUAGCAAAACCCAAACGCCAUUGUGUAGGUUCAAUCGUUCGCCUCACGCACACACAAUCUCUCGGGGAACAUAGAUAGAUCGAAUAACUUGCGCCGGGCGGUUCGAUUCCCACUCACUCACGAUCCAAACACGGCAACAGACAAAAGUGACCGGACUCUGAGCGGGGCAACAAAUCAACCACAAAAUCUUCUCCAUCCGUUCACCAUGGCCGCGGGACAGUUGAUUGGCACGAUACCGGAGUUUAUCGUGAACUGUGACGACUGGAACGUAUACUACGAGCGGCUGGAGCAGUUCUUCGAGGUGAACGAAAUCGUGCCGGAGAAGCGCAGCGCCUUUCUGAUCAGCUGCAUCGGCAGCCAGGCGUACAAGAGCCUGCGGGAUCUGUGCCAUCCAUCGCUGCCGAAGGAUCGCCCGUUCGAGGAGCUGUGUGAGCUGCUGCGGAAACAGUUCAGCCCCCAGGUGGCCAUCUUCCGCGAGCGGACGCACUUCUACAACGCCACGCAGAGUGUGGGCGAGAACGUGACGCAGUGGUACGGGCGGCUGAAGAAGCUGUCGGUGGACUGCAAGUUUGGCUCGAACUUGGAGGCGAUACUGCUGGACAAGUUCAUUACCGGAUUGAGGCCGGGUCAGGUGCUGGAUCGGCUGUGUGAGGAGAACGAGACGCUGAAGCUGGAGCAGGCCCUGGACAUUGCCGUCAACAAGGAGUGUGCGGUGAAGGAAACGGCAUACCAAUACCCGGCCGCAGCCCCCUACGGUGGUGGUGGUGGCUGUGGACGAUGUAUGUGUGGUGGAGGAGCUGCUGUGGCACCGAGCGAGGAUGGGUCGUACUGUGGGGAGCAGCCGAAGCCAAAGGGUGGCGCCGGAAGGAACCGAAACCGUCGAAGAAAUGCUGGCCGACGCAACAAUGACGAUGGCAAUCGUUCUCAGGCCGGAGACUGAGGGGGGGAAUGGGUAAGCAAGCAAUUGUUUAGCAAUAAGGUAGCAAUAUAAGUCCACUUCUACUGUUCGAAUACAUAUAAGAGAAAAGGAGAGAGAGAGAUAAAGAAUAUUUAAUAAAAUGCAAAGCGCAAAGUAUUUUUAAACACAACAAA